AUGCAGAAAAAUCAAAUCGUAGCAAUGCUUCUCUGUUUUGUUUUCCUCCUCAUGUUUGUUAUGAUUUUCGUCACUAUGCGACUUGUCAACAUUUUUGCGCACAAAAUUUCGAAUGCGAAAUCGGCUCUUAGCGCAGACCGAGCACUCGACGGUGACGAUGGCGUAACAGAUGUUACCGGACCUGCCACUACGAUCGUCUGA